AUGGGUUCCAUCCAGCGGGUCGCGGCUUCAGCGGUGCACGCCGUCGCAGAGGCCAACUUCUCUCUUCUUCAAGCCAACGCAGACUUUGCCCUUGUCAAAUACGAAAUUCCUGCUGAAUUACUUCCUCUUGGUGAGCGUCUUUCGAAGCAGCGAUGCCAGGUCGCCGAGAAAGGCUCCUUCAACAUCUUCGCGCGACGACUGGGAUUUCUUUUCGAGGAGAUGCUCCCCACCGUAAGUGCCCUCCUCAAGGCGUAUGGUACUCGAGCGAGUGAAAUUGCCUGUGAAAUUGAUGCUACCCGAAAUGCUCCAAAAAGCAUCGUGGACGGUAUCUUUGGCCCUCACCUUGGCGUCGAUAGCACGAGCAUCUGGGCCGCUGCAAACAUCGGUACUUCAGCGCUCUUGAUGCAUCUCUUGGCCUGCAUGCUGGCUCGUAUCUGGUCUGCUCAAGAAGCGACCGCCAUUUGGGCUGAAAUCAUCGACACGCGACGGCAGAAGAUCAAGGAUAACGCACCUGAAAACGGAAAAGCGAGCAGCCUCUUCGCUCAACACGCAGCCAUUUAUGACGUCGAAUGGUCGACUAUUCAGCUUCUGGCGGAGGGAACCUGUACGACACCUCAGCGGAUUCUCGACGGUGGAGUGCUUCUCGGUCUCACCUCCUGGCAUGUCUAUCCGGACCUGGUGAUUUUAGGACCAAAGGCACAAGACAAGCCCCAGCUGGAUCCCCUGGUCGCCCAUGGCGGUAUCGCAACUCUAUCCAUUGCAUAUCAGGAAGACCCGCAUGGAAAUCAGGACGGUGUCUACUGGUCGCUACCCUUAGCCCACCUUCGGUACUACCGUCCUGUUCAGCGCAAGCGAUCGUCUUUGCACGAUUCCAAAAUCUCCUUCACCGGCUUACAAGCUUUAAUACUCGGUGCGUCAUUGGACUCUCUAGAUACGCUAUCGACAGCAGCCGAGAUCAUCAAAUCGCUGUGGCUGUUCAGCUACAACGCAUAUCAGGAUGAGCUUCGCGGCCUUGCAACCAAGUGGAACUUGGAACCAAAGGCGCUUGUCUCCAAAUACUUCAGCUGGAACGACUGGAACUCAAGCUCCACCGAAGCCUUGGAGCAGGAUCUCCACCAGGUUUCUUUUAUGAACCCCGCCAAAGAAUCGCAGCUCGGCGAUUUUCUCGAUGCACUGCAUUUGUUGUUUCCCCUUAUAGGGGGUGUUGAACUCUUGCUCUCUGAUGAUCCAGAAGAGCGAAAGCUCGCGUUACAGCUUAUACGAUAUGGUGCAAACGGCGCGAAGGGUUGGAUCGGGAACGUGGAGAACUCCCAGUUUCCGUUCUUUGGCCUCACUGAUCCUCUACUCCUCGUCCAGGCCAUGCAAAAACCUUUCGGUAAAGUGAAGUUGCUUCGUGCUCUCUUCAAUCAACAACGCCUAGAGCCUGAAGCCUUCAUUAUACGUUUCCUCAAACCAGACGGCACGAUGGGGUACGCGUCGCUAUUGCAUGAAUCCCUCUCCACCGGUCGAAAGAGAGAUAGGACUGAAUUUGAGUCUGAUGUUGCUGAAGACACUUGCGACCUAGUGCCUCAUAAAGGAGAACAUUGGCUUUUCUUACCUUCGAAAACAGAUCGCCCAAACGACUUUCCUGUUUCGAUGGAAUAUUAUGGUCUCACGUCAAUGCAACCGGAAGAUAAUCAACCCGACUCUGUGGACUUCGAGGACUUUGUCAUAGAAGACGAUGUCGAGGGUGACGAAAAGCAACCGAGAACAAUCGUAUGGGAUCUAGUUAUCGGCAUACACGACGAGGCUGCCUUGUAUCGACGACAUGACUCUGACGCACAUGAUGCCGAAUUGCGUGACAUUACAGUUCCUCUCACGAUUGUGUGUGACCUCGUUACGAGUCGCGCACUUGAUUUGGUACAGGUAACCAAGCGUAUUAAACACACUCUUAAGACCCAUCGCCCCAACCACCACUUCUCACUAUUGGCUCUUGGUAGGAUAAUUGACCACUACAAGCGUCAACUCCCCCAUUUGACAAUUUCUAUGAAUAUCAUAAAGGAAUCACCUUGGUUUUGGGCAUGGACGGAAAGCGUGGUCAAAGACAUACCAGUCCAGGAGAUGAUGGCCGGGUCGCAGGCUCGUGUUGGACACUUCACCAAAUUAAUAUAUCCUUGUCCUCUAUCACGCGAACAAGUGUUUGCCUCCGUUCUACAGUUUGAGUCUGGUACGGUGAGUGUGGGUACCGAGGAAAUGGACCCGGUCAUGGCUAUCUCGAGUGGGAACUCGCUUUUCAUUGCCCAGCGAAUUCUAAAUGAUCCCAUACCUCCAGACGGGCUGCCUUCUUGCGCUGUUGCGCACGUCAUUGGCAAUGUGGGAAAGCCCGGUAUCGCUCUUCUUUUUGCACCAGAAGAGCCCUGGAUCAGAGAGCACGACGUCGAAAAAUGGCAGGUUGUGAAUCACCAUCCAUUCGACGGAAGCUCAGGCAGAGGCAUGUUCGAAGGCUCAUCGCUACACAUGUCGUUCACCGGCUGGGAGGGUCCCCUCAGAGUCCGUGGGCCUUCUGCUUUCAAAGGCAUGGAGGCUUAUAAUCUCGAAACACGGAUUUCCAUGUACGACGGGGCGGACUGGGUCGCUGACCUGAAUAUUCUCAAGUCUCUGAAAGAAUCGCCGAAUCUUGGCACACUGGGAAUUUACACCAAGUCCUGUUCUCACGAUCACUCAGUCCAAUCGUGUGAGGUUGGCUUUGUCUCUAUUGACUGUUGGGAGGAGCUUCUGAGCCCUGCAGAGAAGCCAAUGGUACGCCGCUCGGGGUCAUCGUGGAUGGCACGCUUGACCGCCGUGAGUAUCGCGCACUCGAAGGGUUUCAAGUGCUUCCUUCUUCCUACGCAUAACGAGUUUUGCUGGACUUGCGUCGUCGAGCAGAGUGAUAUUCUGAAGUCCCCUGCCCAAUGGGUCCUCUUCAUUUACUGAACUAUGUCGGGUGC